CGCUGCUACUUCUGCCGCGGCCUCGCCCCCUCCAGCUGGGCGGAGCCGGCGCGGGAUCCGGGUGUCGGUGCUGGCGGCCGUGGCUGCGGGGCGGGGGUCGCGGCCGUGUGCGGGCUGCAGCGACUUCCUGGGCGGAUCCCGGUGCGCGAGGCGUGACCCGAGGAUUUCAGGCCUCCCCUCCAAGCAGAUCCCACCACGAUGGCAUCCGCUAGUGAGUCCCCUGCCAGCCCGAGGGAUGCAGCUGACCAGAACUUUGACUACAUGUUCAAACUGCUCUUGAUCGGGAAUAGCAGUGUGGGCAAGACCUCCUUCCUGUUCCGCUACGCAGAUGAUUCCUUCACCCCUGCCUUCGUGAGCACAGUGGGCAUCGACUUCAAGGUCAAGACAGUCUAUCGACACGAUAAGAGGAUCAAGCUGCAGAUUUGGGACACAGCAGGCCAGGAGCGCUACCGGACCAUCACCACGGCCUACUACCGUGGGGCCAUGGGCUUCCUGCUCAUGUAUGACAUCUCCAACCAGGAAUCCUUCACCGCAGUGCAGGACUGGGCUACACAGAUCAAGACCUACUCCUGGGACAAUGCCCAGGUCAUCCUCGUGGGCAACAAGUGUGACCUGGAGGACGAACGCGUCGUACCCGCUGAGGAUGGCCGGAGGCUCGCUGAUGACCUUGGUUUUGAGUUCUUUGAGGCCAGCGCCAAGGAGAAUGUCAAUGUGAAGCAGGUGUUUGAGCGCCUAGUGGACAUCAUCUGUGAGAAGAUGAGCGAGUCCCUGGAACCAAGCUCUAGCCCAGGCAGCAACGGAAAAGCCCCAACCCUUGGGGAUACUCCACACCCCCAGCCUAGCAGCUGUGGCUGUUAAGGGUGACCCUUGACCUCCCCACACCUGUCCCCUCCUGCCUCUUCAAGGACUGCAGCCGAGGUGUGAGCCACAGGGGCCGUCUCUAAGCUCAGGGCACCCCUUCCCUCCUGUCCACUUCCCCCUCUUCUCGCAUAACUCCAUCUCCCUUUUUCUCCAUGUUGAUGUACUCAGUCCUGGUUCGAGCCCACACCCCCAGGCUCCACUCAGCAUUGUCUGAGGGUGUGGGAUACCCACGAAGGUGCCUACUGCUCCCCAGGGCAUUGUGAUGGGAUGGCUUUAGACAGCAUCGCCUUCUGAGAGUGGCGGAGGGGACACCCCACGCCUUCUGCCUUAGAACCGCUUCCCAGGUAUAUGCUCUACUGUCCAAUUGCUGGCUGAAGAUGUCACCUGGUGUGGGUUGCUGUCCAACUUAGCCCUGGCAGCCUCUCUAGCUCAGGUCCACCAGCUUGGCCUUGAACCUGCUCGUGAACUGACUGCUAGCCAAAGAUACGGGCAGGUCUGCAGUUUUUACCCUUGCUUCCCUGGCAUCUACCCGAAAGCCUGUUUUCUGGUUGUACAAGGGACAGAAUUAGAGCCACCAUAACAUCAGGGACUCUCCCAAGUGCCUUCCAAGCUUCCCCUGAGUCCACACCACUCAAUGUGGGUUAAGCCACUCCAUCUUUCAUCCAGAACUAAAUGUUGGAACAAUCUAGGCCCUAUCACAUGGGGGCCUAGGACUGCCCCCCUUUAUCACUGCAGCUCUCUGUCACCUCAGAGCCAGGGGACCGAGGCUGCACGCCAGGUCCCCAUCUGCCUGGUGGUGGUUUAAGCAAGAGCUUUACACAUCUUACAUCCUGUGUAGAGAAGGAAGUGGAGAAACCAGCCCUCAGAGGGUGCACACUUGAGGGCAGUUUCUGAUGGCAGGAGUUGGGUUCUCCACCUGAGGACCCUUGUGUGGACCCCAGUGCCCGGGGACACUUUGGGGUGGCGGGGAAGCUCAGGGAGAAGGCAUCAGUGGGCACCCAGUGAUUUUGUAAUUCAUGGGAGCAGCAAGCCCCCCAGUGAAUUCAUGCCUCUACAAAGCUUGGGACUUAACCCCUAGGGUCCCUGGUUCUCUCUAGAUAGGAGGUCCUUCCUACCCACCGACCAAACUCCCUUCAACACCAUUUGACAUCUCAUGAUUCAGGUGGCACUCGCGAAGCCUAGAUGGUCUGUGUUGCACGUCCCUGACUUUAUAUCAGGGGUGGAGUCCACUCCUUCAGUCCCACAACCAGAGGCCUCUGCAGCCUGACUGAGCUCAGUGUCCUCCCAGCCUGGCUCAGGCUCCAGUGUACACGCAGCCCUGCCAGGCUGUCCUUAGAGCAUCGGGAUGAAGCUGUCUUUGUAUAAACUGGAUGAAAGGGAGUGGAUAAAUUAUUUAGCAAAGUGAGGGCAUCUGAACACUUGGAGGGGAGAGUCAUUUUUUUAUGUUGCUUUAUCAUUAAAUUGUCAAAACAGCUAAAAUUAA